CGGCACGCGCCCGUGCUGCAGAAAAGGCGCUAGGGCCACGCGCAGGAAAUAUCGAUCUACUGUAAAUUGUCGUUGUUAGGGUUUUUUUGUUUUGGUUUGGGGUUUUUUUGUAACAGACCCAUAGGCCAGUGUGAUGCACGUCGUAUCUUUUAAUAUUUGUUCGCAUUGCCUCAUGUAACCUUGGUGACCGUCAGUGUGGUAACGAUGUCUUAAUGCUUCACUGGACAUCGACCUGCUUGCUCGGAGGAUGUCGUCCAGGCUUUACCCUGCAUUGUGUGAACGGAGUGGACUUUAUAUAAACCUGGAUAUUCAUUUCGUGGAUCAGUUCAUUUGCUUGUAAAGCUUUUGUUUUCCUCGUUUUGGGUGUCAAUGCAGCCUGCGCUAAUGGAGAGCCUGCGGCCACAGGUGGUGAUGGACAGGAGUGCACUGGCGAGGCAGGUGGAGAGUGUGGAGAGAAGCAUCAUAUUCCUGCGGCAGGAACAGCUGACACUGCUGCACGGCUUACACCUGGAGAUCCUGUCCCUGCAGAAACGCUGCACAGAACUGACCCAUGAGCUGAAUUUAAAACCUCCUGGCAAAAGUGAAGCAGAGGUACUUGAGGAAGAGGAGUUGCUUGAGGCACGCUGUCAGGCCGUGGAGAGCAGGCUACAAGAUGAGGUGCACUCUCAGGAGGAACUACGUGAUGAGCUGAGCCACAAGGGGGUGCUGGUGGGAGCUCUGAGAGCAAGCCUAAAGGAGAAAGAGCGCCGCUUCCUGGAAGAGCUCAAGCAGCGCAGCCACAGGAGCAAUGCGCUGAACUCCGAGCUGCAGAAGCAGACCAAGACUGCUGCCUACCUGUCGUUCCAGCUGCAUGCCGCCAGGCAAAAGCUGCAGCAACAGCAACAGCAACAGUAUCGAAGGCGACAUGAAGUGGCUGAGACAGAGAAUCCGUUCUCCUUUAGCCUGUCUCAGCAUGACAACUUCACUGCGCCUACGGUCAAACCGAAAAGGCGCAGCGGCGUCAGGGCGUGCUCACACCUCCGUGCCGAGCGGGCCAGGGAGUGUGUUCCCCGCGAGAGGGUGACAGGUCCCGAGGAGCCCAUGGCCAUGCCUGAUCCUGCACUCUUCCUCCACCCACGCAGACCGGCAACAGCUCGAGCAUUUCAGCAUCACACACAAACACUGCGGGGGGCAGAAGGAGGAGUGGAGCCAGAUGAAACUGAUCAGGGAGACUCGGCCAGCAGGCUGGUAGCCACGGUUCCUGUAAAAACAGCAGCUAUUGCUGAGAGUAAAGCAAAGUGAUAGUGCUGUCUUGCAAAAACGGCCUGCUUCUUUCAGUGCUGUUUACCUCUUACCACUGACUGCACUGGCGGACAUCUUUAUUUUCUAUAUUUGCUUUAUACUUAGAUUUUUGUUCUUAGCCGUUAAUGGCCAGUGGACUGGCCGCAGCACGCAGCACCGCUGUGUGGUUUCGCCUUGCCUUAGGAAGGACAGCCAUAGGGCAGCUCAUAGUUGUCCACGUGGUGGGGUGCCUCUGUGUCUUGGCUAUUUGUUACCUACAUGCCCUUGCUCAUGAGUGCAGUAAUGCUGUAUUCAGGCAGGUUUUGUUGCUAUACAGUGAUCUUGGUAAUUCUUCAUCAUAUUUCAUAGACACUUUUUUAAGCAAGUGAGCACUGCAGUGAGUGCACAUAUGAAAACUCCGGCUUUUUCAUAAGCAAGAAGCAGCUGUUUUAUCAGUACAGCUGUGUAUAAAAGUAGAGAUUUGGGAACUGGUCGCUGUAGAUCAAGGCUCAGGGGUUAUUUAGUGUAGAGAGUUUGAGAAUCUGUGUGUUUGUGGGUAGAUAAGCUUUAGGAGAAUCAAGUAGGAAUCAUAUUUUAAUCGUGUUAGGAAUCAGUGGUUUGCUUCGAAUCUUUUCAAAAACCCUUUUAGAAUGUUCCACGUGUGCUUGCACAUGGUCUCUGAUUGAUGACAGAUUUUUUGCAUCCAUUAUUAACAAACAAACUCAGACGCUUCUUAAAUGGCCCACAAACAUACCGUUCUCAGACCUGUAAAAAAAAAAAAAAGGUGGCCCUGGUGUGCUUUAUGUUUUGCAUCAUGGUCUAAAAUAUAAAGGCUUGCCAUACAUACACUCACCUUCCACUUUAUUAGGAACACCUGUAUCCUUGCUUAUUUGUGCACUUAUCAUUCUCUAGACUACCACAAACUCUAGAGACUGUUAUGUGUGAAAAUCCCAGGAGAGCCCAGCUCCUGAAAAACUUUUUCCGAAACACUUUUUCUUUAUUCUGUUGUUUAAUGUGAACAUUAAACUGUUGACCUCUAUCUGUAUGACUUUUUGCAUAGCGCUGCUGCCACAUGAUGGUCGGAUUAGUUCACUGCAUGAAUGUGAGGUUGUAGAGGUGUUCCUAAUAAACUGAACCAUGAGUGUAUGUACAGAUAGGUGACAAAAUAAAUACCAUGUUGGAAAAGUGGAAAUACCAAAAAUCUGGAGACUUAGCAAAGUUUUGGGCCACCAUGAUUCAGUUUAGUGAAUCUCGUCACAGAAUUCUACAGUCUGUAGAACGGUAUAGGAAGAAUGAACAGCAUUCUUACAAAAGACAUUCACUCAGAUGAGAUCUGGCUGAUGAUGGCCAUGGAGAGAAUGAUCUAAACAUGUUGGUCCAAAAUCUCCAAAAUAUAGAAUUGCGUUGAGAUACGGUCACUGUCGGGACCCGCAUGCAGGAUUUGCAUCAUUUUCAUGCUCACCGAACCAUUUCGUGAACCCCUAUGCCCUGUGAUUGGAGACGUUCAACCUGGCAGACAGAGCGCUCUCAUCAGGUUAGAAAUGUUUUAUCAUAGAAUCACUGAAAUAAAAUAGGAGUCAGAAUAAGUUUGUAUUGAUUUCCACUGACUUCCAGCUAAGGGUAUCACUAGACCCAUAUUUAUGCCAGUAAACUGAUGCCCACACCAUAAAAAGGCACAAAAAUGGUCUAUAGCUGGUUUACCAUCCAGAUAAAAUCCAAACAAACUAUAAAACUAGAAAAAUGUUUCUAAGUGGAUUGUGUAGUUUUAGGGAGAAAAGCUGUAGCAUUGGCCAAUAUGUGCAAGGAGCAUGUUCACCCGCAGCUCCACCAAAAAUAUAAUAUAAAGUUAUAUAAAAUAAAUAUUUGCUUAACAAGUAAUAAAUAAAAUAAAGGAUCUGUGCUGCAGUAUCGUACGCACUAAAAAUGAAAUCAAGCUAUUCAUAAGCUAUUCAUAUUCACUUAAACAAAACUCAGUUUGAUUUAUAUUAAAAAGGUUUAUUUACAACUCAUAUUCACUCUUGUUGCCGAAUAUUGUAUGUCAUUUCUGGAAAACAAAUCAUUUGUAAAUCUAAAAGUUAUGCCUAGAAUGUGCGUCUUUUUCAGACAGUGCUUAUUUCUCAAGCGCUGGAUGGCUCUAGUAUGUGUAAGUGUGUGUUUUAGGCUACAGUGUGGUGUGAGAUCAAACAGGAUUCAACACACUUUCCGUGCAAGCCAAGCAAUAUAUACGCAUAGCUGAUGAGACCAUUUUGAAGCUUAGAUGUUGACAGUGUGUGAAAUGAAAUUCAGCCUUCCUGAGACAGAUUAAGCCUAGUCCUGUCAAGGAUCCUGCAGAUACACACUGCAAAAAACACGGCUAGAUGUAAUGUAUCCCUGGCGAUCUGUUGUCACUUUUAGAUUAAAUUAAAUACGCUUGCAUUUAACUGAAAGAUCGCUAAACCUUAAUCCAGAGCUUGUUGUUUUAGAGCAGGGGUGUCGUAUAUAUACCUAAUCCGCCCCAAACAAAUGAAUUUAGGCUCAGUGUUAUUGUCUUGGAAACUGGAAAUUAGAUUAAAAAAAAGAGCUAGUCUGUGAAAUUUCACUACGGAGCAAAAAUAAAGCAAUAAACUCAGGGCCGUAAAGUCACUGAUAAAAUGUGUUAAUGAUGUAAUUUUUCAUUAGCAAGCUAAAAAAAAAACAUUGCAAUCAUGUCUAUUUACAAGAGAAAUCAAUUUCACAGGAGGUUUCACAGCAGUGGGGAUGAAUACUUAUGUUCCUAUUUUAAAAUGAUUUUACAAACUAUAUUAAAUCCCGCUUUCAAUACAAUAAUGUUCGCUUCAGUUUCGCGCUUCAAGUAUGCAUGUGCGGAAAGUCUGUAUUUUAAAUUAUGUGCAAGAGUUUGAUUUUUUCUUUGUGUUUUUUUAAUAUAUGAAUUGCCUUUUUAAUGCAUUAUUUUAUGUCUAAAACAUUUUAGAUAUGCAGAUAUUCCACAUCCAAUAAAUAUAACGUUACAGAUUUUUUCAUGUCCAUUAAGUCAGGACUAGAUCACAUUUUAGAUUAAAAGAAAAAGACAUGAUUGAGUCUGUCUGUACAGCAGAAGGACUACAGCAAGUUCUCCAAGGCAUAUGGAAAAUCCUGUAGCUGAUUUCUUUAUAAAACUUCACAGCAGUGAACAUGAUGCAAAUUUAAGUCAAAUUGUGUUCACGCCAAAUGUUGCUUUAAUUUGUCUCGUACUGUUUACUUCUCUUUCAUAGUAUUUAGUAACAUUCUCAUUAUAUUUCAUUUUAACGUUUCAUUUCUUGUGCUGGGGUUUGUGGCUGUGCUUGAUCAUUAGUAGGUCACAUGACCAUAAUGUGACCAUAUGUCAAAAAAGAAAGGAUUGUGAGGGAUUCUUUGCCAUCAUGUCAAUUUGGACAGUGCUUAUUUUACAUGGGGUUAUUUUAAGAAGUCCUUUUAUAGCAUAGUCUUUCCAGGUGUGGGAAAAUUACUGACAUGUUGGCUUCGGGACAGGACAAAACCCCCAGUCAUUAUGACAUGUACAUCCAGUCUGAAUUAGGCUUAAUGCUUUUGCACAGAGCUGUAAUUGUAAACAUUAUGCUGAGCAUUAGGAUUGUAGCUGUAAGGUUUACUUCAAUGACAUUUUGUAUAAAGCAUACCACCAGUACAUUUUGUUUUAUACAUCUAUUGCUUUAUUACUGUUAUGACUGUGAUUAGACUUCCAGGGAUGGUAGUGAAAUGCCAUCCAGUACGUACAGUAUAUAAUCAGCUGUUUAACCUCCACCAUUUUACGCAUUUAAAUUGUUUUUUUCUAAAUGCUUUACUUUGUAUUUAAUCGCUAUUGAUAGUUUAGGGGUUUCGUUACCUCUAAGAGGUUCAGAUUUUAGACUGAGAAACUGUCUUCCCUACUCAGAGUGACAAAACUAUUUGACUGUUAUAUGAUAUGUAGAGGUUUUGUUAUUAUGCCGCGGCAGCUUCCUGCUGGAUUUACAACCACAUUUUGUUCGCUUCAAACCAGUUACCUGUCAACUCUUUAGUCUCUAUAUGACAUGAGACAUUGUGCACCAAAAUCUUGCAAUAAUACACUGUAUUCUCUGACACAAUAUUAAAAAGGUUGUAUCCUUUAUUGUCUCUUGAGGCUUCUUUGUGAAAUCAUUCCUGUUUUUCCAGACAUAUCAUCAGGCUUUCGGUUGAGAUACAUAAGAACUGAUUGAUAAAGUAAUCUAGUCUUUUAUAGAGACAAAUGGGGCACAACCGACCCCAAGCCACUUUUCGCUAAUCACUUUAGCCAGAAAAUGUUUCAUACCACAAGAUGAAUACAGCAAUUUACAGCAAUACAGCUCAUUUCAUGUAUUUUUUUCUUUAUUGGUUACAAUAGGGCUAUGCUGAACUAAUGAGACACACAUGGCCUAUAGAAGCAUUUAUUUGGACUGAUGUAAUAAUUUCAGAAAUUAUAAUUUUAGAGAUUUUUACUCACAUCAAUCUAGACUUUUAGCUGAAUAAUGUGAAAAACAACAACAACAAUACAAAACAGGCAUGGAUAUGGGCCGUAACAGCAGAAGAGCACACUGGCUUGCACUGUCAGCCCAGAACAGAUGUCUGUGGCUACAGUAUCAUCGGUACAUUUAACCUGAAUAGCUGAAGAUUGGCGAAACAUCACUCUGUCUUAAAACCUAAUCUUCAGCUGCCUAGUUUUGGUAAGCUUGUGCUUACUGUCGGCUCAGACGCCUGUCCUUUUCUGACAGCAGUGGAAUUUAAUGUGCUCUUCUAGUCCAUCCACCUUUAAGAUUUUUGACAUGUGCAUUGUGAAAUUCGUCUCUGUAUUGGAUGCUAGUAAAAAAGCAAUAACCAAGAAAUGGUUGAAUGA